AAAAACAUGAGAGAGACAACUCUCCCUCCACCAGAAGCCUAACCUGCAGUUUCUUGAAGAAAAAACCAUCUCACCAAAUCCCUUAUUGAACUAACAAUUCUUUUUUCUAUAUAGAAGAAAAACACCUCUUCUCUCUUCAGUCUCAGUAGCCAUGAAACAUAAUUACAAGAAAAACAACAAUCUUUCUGUGUUUGUUGUUGUUUUUUCCGUCUUUCUUUUUGGUGUUUUCAUGUACAAUGAAGACGUUAAGUCCAUCGCUGAAUUCCCAUUUUCCUGGCCUAAAUCUCAAGAGAUUGAUCAAGAAAACACUUCAAACCAAGAAAUCCCAUUUCAAGAACCUAUCAAGAAUGAUCAUAUGGAUUCGAGAACUUCACUAGAGGAACCUCAUAUAGAUGGCUCUCAUCAUGAUGAUCAAGAAUCAACUACUACUCAAGAAUAUCAUGAGCAGAAGAUUGAAUUGCCCGAUGGCAUUAUGGAAGAUGACGAUGAAGAUGUUGAAUUACCACCAGAAGAGUGUGAUCUUUUUACAGGACAAUGGGUUUUUGACAAUGAGACACGUCCUUUGUAUAAAGAAGAUGAAUGCGAGUUCCUUACUGCUCAAGUGACUUGUCUUAGAAAUGGCAGAAAAGAUUCUUUGUUUCAGAAUUGGAAAUGGCAGCCUAGAGAUUGUUCUCUGCCAAAAUUCAAAGCGAGGCUAUUGCUAAACAAGUUGAAGAACAAAAGGCUUAUGUUUGUUGGAGAUUCUUUGAAUAGAAAUCAAUGGGAAUCAAUGAUUUGUUUGGUUCAAUCUGUAGUUCCUGCUGGUAGGAAGACAUGGGAGAAGAUAGGAUCUCGUGCUAUUUUCACAAUUUUGGACUACAAUGCAACAGUGGAGUUUUACUGGGCUCCAUUUCUGGUGGAAUCAAAUUCUGAUGAUCCCAACAUGCACAGCAUCUUGAACCGUAUAAUCAUGCCUGAAUCAAUCAACAAACAUGGUGUCAAUUGGAAAGAUGUGGAUUACCUCAUCUUUAACACAUAUAUAUGGUGGAUGAACACUUUCUCUAUGAAAGUUCUACGUGGGUCGUUUGAUGAAGGGUCCACAGAAUAUGAUGAGAUCGAAAGGCCAGUAGCUUAUCAGAGAGUUCUGAAAACAUGGUCCGAGUGGGUAGAUGAAAACAUUGAUCCUAAUCGUACCACUGUCUUCUUUAGCAGCAUGUCUCCUCUCCAUAUCAAGAGCUUGGAUUGGAACAACCCAGAUGGAAUUAAAUGUGCCAAGGAAACUACUCCAAUUCUAAAUACAACAAAGCGAGUGAAUGUUGGCACAGACCGUAGGCUACUUGUUCUAGCACAAAAUGUGACUAACUCCAUGAAAAUACCUGUCCAUUUUAUCAACAUCACUGCCCUAUCUGAAUAUAGAAAAGAUGCACACACCUCUGUCUACACCAUCCGCCAAGGCAAGAUGCUAACACCUGAGCAGCAGGCUGAUCCGGCUACAUACGCAGAUUGUAUCCAUUGGUGUCUUCCGGGGUUACCCGACACGUGGAACGAAUUUAUCUACACGCGUAUUAUAUCUAGCUCGUGACCGCAAGAAUAUUUGCACGUGCGAUCAUUUUUUUUUCUUAAUUUUUUAUUUUUAAAUGUGUUUAUUUUCCCACAAUUUUCAUCUUUUUAGCUUGCUAUAGUUUGAGAUUUUAGGUUCCCUAUCAUCCACAAACAAAAUUUUUGUUUUGGAACUUUAUCCAUUCAGCUCUUACUUGACGAAGGUGGGGGAACUUAUUAUUAGAUGUGGGAAUUUUCUUGCUAAUUGAGGGCAAAAGAGAUGCCUAAUUAAAGCUAAAAAAAGAAAAGGAAAAGAAAUGUACAAGUUGAUUCACCUGUUUUAAAUUGUAUAAUGCACAUCUGGAAACAACAUUAAUAAAGUAAAUAUGAACUUGUAUGUAA